AUGGAAUCACAACUUGUACUUUUACCUGCUAACAAGCUCAAGCGUGAGAGGUCACGAUCUCCCCGCAGACGAUCCAGAAGCCCUGAUAGGUCACAUCGACGCCGCUCCUACUCUCCUCGCAGCCGAUCAGGAAGCCGGGACGAAUAUCGACGAAACCGUGAUCGCUCGCCCAUGACUAGCACAGGCGCACCAGGUGGAGGACAAAGUGCUGGAUACGGUGGACAGGCACCGCAUCGAUCUUACGAAGAAAGAGCCGUUGCUCGAGAACAAAUGAUGAAUAAUAUUCGCGAAACCUCCCAACAGGACCGCCGAGUCUACGUCGGCAACCUCUCGUACGAUGUCAAGUGGCACCAUCUCAAGGACUUCAUGAGACAGGCUGGAGAGGUGCUCUUUGCCGACGUACUCUUGCUUCCCAAUGGAAUGUCGAAGGGAUGCGGUAUUGUGGAAUAUGCUACUCGGGAGCAAGCCCAAGCGGCUGUUGCCACGCUCAGCAACCAGAACCUCAUGGGUCGUCUAGUCUACGUGCGUGAGGACCGAGAAGCCGAACCUCGAUUCAUCGGAGCAACUGGCGGAAACCGUGGCGGCUUCGGCGGCGCCGGCGGUGGUGGUAUGCCCGGUGGCUUCAACCCUGGAUACGGCGGCGGCGCACCUGGUGGUGGUGCUGGAGGUGGCGGCCGUCAGAUCUAUGUGGCCAACCUUCCUUUCAAUGUUGGCUGGCAGGAUUUGAAGGACUUGUUCCGUCAAGCAGCCCGAAACGGCGCCGUGAUUCGAGCUGAUGUACACAUCGGACCUGAUGGUCGCCCUAAGGGUUCUGGCAUUGUCGUCUUUGAAAGCCCAGAUGAUGCCCGCAACGCCAUUCAGCAGUUCAACGGCUAUGACUGGCAAGGUCGUGUUAUUGAAGUCCGCGAGGACCGCUAUGCCGGCAGUGGACCUGGCAUGGGCUUCGGUGGCCGAGGUGGCUAUGGCGGUGGCAUGCGCGGAGGAUUUGGAGGAGGAUUUGGUGGCCGCGGUGGUUUUGGCGGAGGACGUGGUGGUUUCGGAGGCGGCUUUGGUCGUGGAGGCUUCGGUGGAGGUGCUCCUGGCGGCCCAGGUUUCGAGCCCCCUGCCAGCUCCGUCCCUCCCAACCCUUUCACUGAUUUUGCUACCGCCGGCACCGAGAGGGGAGAAAUCAUCUACGUUCGCAACUUACCCUGGUCGACUAGCAACGACGACCUGGUUGAGCUGUUCACCACCAUCGGAAAGGUCGAGCAAGCUGAGAUCCAGUACGAGCCUAGUGGUCGUUCUCGUGGUACUGGCGUGGUUCGAUUCGAUUCAGCCGAGACCGCGGAGACUGCCAUUGCCAAGUUUCAAGGUUACCAGUAUGGUGGCCGUCCUCUCAAUCUGAGCUUUGUGAAGUAUCUGAACCAGGGCGGAAACGACGUCAUGGACACAGAUCCCCACGGCGGAUUGACCCAGGAUCAGAUCAUGUAAGAGGAGGACGUUCAUUUGCACUGAACUUCAUGCAGCUAUGUUUCGGUCGACUUUUGUCUUGGCGGCGGCGACCGUCUGCAUCUACACACAAAGCUUUUUAUAUCUGGUUGUUUUGUUCUUUUUGGUACUUUUCGUUUUCCACAUGAGCAGCAAAAGUUGGGGUUUAUCAACGGUGGAAUCUUAACUCACGGAUAGGGGGUCGAAGUCACUAUCACCUUGGAGAAUAAGUCGAUGACUUAGUCUCUAAUAAGCUGGGAGCGAGGGAGGAUUUAUGAUGGGCUUACCAUACAGAACCGAAUG